CUGAUUGCCGGUGCAGUUAAGAAAAGAACAAAACAAAAACUUCAACAAAUUCAAUCGAAGGAGCCAGUCCCCCUGGCUGCAGGACUAAUCAUGAGCGGAUCCUGGAAACUGGUACUGCCCAUGGGCUUUGUGAUGUACUCGCUGCCUCUGUUCCUGCGCGUCAACGGUACUUCCAACUACAUCAUAGAUGAGGAGUUUCACAUUCCGCAGGGGCUGGCAUUUUGCCGAAAGCAGUUUGACGUGUGGGAUCCAAAGAUAACGACGUUUCCCGGCCUAUAUCUGAUUGCACUCGUCUUGAAUCCAUUCAACUACUGCACGGUGACGGGCCUUCGCUUGCUGAGUCUCAUCGGUGCGGGCAUCAACAUUAUGCUGCUCUACAGGAUACGACGUCGAACGUUGGCCGGCACAGGCGGCAAUUCCUAUGCGGCGCACGAGGCAAUAACCCUAUCGGUGUUGCCGCCACUGUACUUUUUCAGUCAUUUGUAUUACACGGAUACCCUCUCGCUGACCAUGGUCCUGAUGUUCUAUCACUUCUGGCAGCAUGAGGCGCACCUGCCUGCGGCUGUCUUCGGUGCCGCCAGUGUGCUGAUGCGACAAACGAACAUUGUGUGGGUGUGCAUGGGCACCGGCAUCACUGUGCUGGAAACGCUGGUAAAGCAGUGCGCCAAGCGGCGUGCAGUGCACAAGGGACAAGUACGAUUGCUAGGAGUAGAUAUGUGGCUGCAGCUACUGGGCAGUCCACAGUUGCUGUUCAGCUGUGUGUUGAGCAUUUUGGCCAAGUGCUGCUUCUACAUAUCCGUCAUACUGCCCUUUGUGGGAUUCCUCUGCAUCAACGGUGCCAUUGUCGUAGGAGACAAGAGCGCGCACGAGGCUUCACUCAAUCUGCCGCAGAUUUUCUACUUUGCCAUAUUUGCCGCUGUCUUUGCUGUAUCCAACACAUUACGCCAGCUCCGUCCUGCCGUGGAGUUGUUGCGCCGCAAUAGAAUAUUUGCCCUUCUGGCUCUUGUCUUGAUACUUGUGGUGAUUCACCUCAACACGGUUGUGCAUCCGUACCUGUUGGCCGAUAAUCGUCACUACAUUUUCUAUGUGUGGAGCCGCCUGUAUGGUCGGUACUGGUGGUUCCGCUAUGCCAUGGCGCCCGCCUAUCUGUUUGCCAUGACAGUGCUCUACUGCGGGCUGAGUCACAUGCCCGACAGCUUUAAGCUGAUGUUUGCGCUGAGCCUUGUGCUGGUUCUGUGCUUCCAGCGACUCCUCGAGCUACGCUACUUUCUAGUGCCCUACGUGCUCUUCCGGCUGAACACGCGACACACACGCAAAGGCUACUCGGAGUGGCUGGAGCUGGGCGCACAUUUGCUGCUAAAUGUAGCCACUUUCUAUGUUUAUUUUACCAAAGAGUUUUACUGGCAGGACUACAGCACACCGCAGAGAAUCAUAUGGUAGAAGCAGAACCCCACACCAUUCCCGAACUUUCCAUACGAUGACUAAGGAUUAGGCUGCAUUUAUCACACUUGAAAUCAUUUAGCCUUUUUUAAUAUUGCUUUUUAUUCGUUGCAUCGCUACUUGAGUAAGAAAAUUGCUCUACGUUUUUCAGUUACAAAAUAUGGAGGGGCAAAGGAAUUCUACGCAUAGUUAUGGGUGUGGCUAUUAAAAAUGGACUCAAAAGAUAAUACUGACUGCCGAGGCAAACACAAAGGAGGAAAUUCAACAUUCAAAUCGAUUGGAAAACACUUUGAGCUUGCUUGAGAAAUAGCUACCGAAGGUGGUCUAUGUGGUAUUUGAUAAUGAUAAAGUUAAUUAAUUAAUAAUGCUGAUACAGAUUGUUAAGUGCGAAACUAGGCAAGAAAUGCUACAUACACACUCCACUCUCUCUCUCUCUCUCUCUCUCUACUGCUAAUAAACUGAGCGUUACAGCCACAGCAGCUCUUUGCUUGGCACACAACUUAA